AUGACGUCGAACAUUGCGAACAAAGCCCGGCCGCUUCCUGCCGGCAUCUACUGCCCGGUCCUCUCGCUAUACAAGCCCACGCCGCGCCAAGAGAUCGACUACGAGGCGUCGUACAAGUACUUUGCGUAUCUGAUCCGCGGGGGAGUGGACGGUCUGGUCAUGGCUGGGACGACUGCAGAGGCUGUUUUGCUGUCUGCGACCGAGCGUCAGGAGUUGGUGCGUGUCGCGCGUCGAGCUGCCAACGAGCUGGGUCUGAAGGAUUUCCCAGUGGUCGCUGGGAUCAGCGGACAAUCGACAAACGAGUCGAUUCGCCUCGCAGAGGAAGCGCAUGAGGCUGGCGCAGAUUUCGGUCUCUUACUUCCCCCGUCGUACUGGGUCAAGGCUGUAACCAGGGAUGUGAUUGUCGACUUUUACCGUGAGGUUGCCGACAACAGCCCGAUUCCAGCUGUCAUCUACAGCUUCCCCGCCAUGUGCAAUGGAGUCGACCUCAACUCGGACGUCAUGUCGGAGCUGGCGCAGCAUCCCAACAUCGUCGGCACGAAACUGACCUGCGGCAACGCGGGCAAAGUCACUCGCCUGACACACGAAUACAGUCAUGAGCAGUUUGCCGUGUAUGCCGGCUCCUCGGACUGGCUCCUUCCAUGUCUCAUUGGCGGUGGAUCCGGCUGCGUGACGGGCAUCGGCAACGUCUUCCCCAAGUCAGUCGCUCGGUUAUACGCCUUGUGGAAGGAUGGCAAGGUGCAAGAGGCGACCAAGCUACAGGGGCUUGUGGCGCAGGCUGAAAAGGCUUGCAAGGAGGGUAUUGCACCGACCAAGUUUGCUGCGGGUUAUUUUGCGGGUCCCGGGGCAGGCGUGACGGAUGAACGGGCGUUCUGGCCGAGGAAGCCAUACAAGCCUUCAGGAAAGGAGAAGCAGGAGUGGGUGGUCCAGGUGAUGAAGCAUCUUGUUGAGAUUGAGCAGUCAAUACCAGAUCGGGGGGCGAAAUAG